AGUAGUGAGUUACAACAGCAUGUAUUAUUAGCUCUCGGUAUAUAUCAACAUGGAGGAGGGUAAUAGAAUCGACUGUUUGAAAAGAACCUACCUCUGACAAGGAUUAAUAUUUUUCAUCUACAAACAUGGCACUCCAACACUUGAACCAAAAUGGCCGAGAAAAAAGAUAGAAAGUCAUCUGAGGAAAAAAUAACUGAAAACACACAGUGCAAACGUUGCAAGAGAGCUCUGAAAAUAUUUCGGUCAUCUUCAUUAACUGAACCGAAUGCCCUUCUGACUCAUAUAGAUAUAUGUGAUGACAUAACAGGAAAGAAAAAAUCAAACACCAAGAAACAGGAGAAAAUAAAGGAAAUUGAAAUAAUAUUGUCAGCACUUCGGAACACCCAAGGUGGAAUAUUGCUGGUGCAUCUCAGUGGAUUAGCAGAUGAAGACAGAUUUCUUGGCACCUUUGACGAAUUCAUUGAAGAUAGUUUGAAAAAGCUAAUCUGUGAUGGAAAACUAUUUACUGACACCUACACAAGAAGCUGGUUCCAUAAAAUAGAAGGUGCUGAGAACUUUAAAGACUUCCUUGUGAUAACUGUCGUCAAAACAACGGGUGUUGCGACUGUUGACUUCAAAACUAGAAUCGGUUCGGAUUUGCAAAUUGAGAAACCGUCCAGCUUCAAUAUAUUUGAACUGUUAAUAAAGAGGUCGAAAGCAGUGAAACCAGUUUUGAAAGGAAUAGCAGAAAUACCAUUUGAGAGCAGAAGCAUUCAACUGAAAACAUGUGAUCCACAACUGGAUAAAAAAGCUCCCCCAAAUCUUCUUACAGAUGCAGAGGUGCUCGCUAGAUACAUUUGGGCAAAAUUGAGAUUUAGAGAGUAUUUAAGUUCUAUUUCAAAAAUUGCAACGGGCGGUUCUUACUAUGUAGGGAUAACUGAAGAAAAAUGCCAAUAUUCUCUACAAACAUCUGAAACACGUUCUGAAUACAACAGCCGUGUUCCACAUAUAUGCGGAUUUACUCUUCAAGUGGAUCGUUCCCUUGUCAAAAAGAGUUUGCACUCAAUCAUUCGGGAAGAGGUUGUGCUUAUUGAAGACAAAGGCAUCAUAAACUGUCACCCUUCAGUACCAGAUCUGAUUGAGGUUGAGUUCUAUGACAUCAAGGACAACAAAGUCGUGCUGGAAAUAGCCAUUGGACAUGUGAAUGGUAUUUUAUUCUAUGAUAAACUUGGUCCAGAAACAUAUGAAAUGACAGAAAAUGGAUCACCACGCAGGAUGUCGCUUGUUGACUGGCUAUGUAAGAUGACUCAACACACAAAACAAUCCAUGUAGAAGUAUGUCUGCUGCAUCGUGAAAGGAGUGAAGCUGACAUUGUACUUGGAAGCUUUAAGUUACAGACGAAUACUUGAAUACAGACGAAGAAAACGUUUUACAUAUUUUCUACAAAAAUGACCGCUUUGGAGGAGAAUGAUUUUGAAGGGUCUUCCGACGCAUCAGACAUUGAUGUUGAUGGAAUAUGUGCUGGAAUAAAAUGUAUUUAUUCAAUAGAGAGUUCUGACUCGGAUGAAUCGCUGUGUGACAGAAACACAACAAUGAAUUGUCAAGAGGCAUUUGGUCAUCAAAAUGUGGCAACUGGAAGCCAUAGUUCAUAUUGUACACAUGCGGAUGACCCUUAUGAUGCUCCAAAAACAACUGUGGAUAUAAGAGGAGGCCUGUACGUUUACCCAGCCAACUUUGAACCGCAAAAAAGUUGCCCAGGGAUAUGGAAGGAAGUUAAAGGAAUUUUCUCACCUAAAUCUUGUGAGUCGCUGAUUUACUUUGGAGUGUCAUUAAUGGCCACAGUGGGUGCUUCACUGAAGAGUAUUCGUCUCGACAAUAUCAUUUGCGAUCUCAUAGUAUUUUCACCAAGCCGAAUUCCGUUGGUGUUGACAAUCGUGCGAGAUGAAAUGACCAAACAAGAUAAAGUUUACAAUAACCUCGUUACAAGAACAGUCACGUCUAUUGUCAGAGAACAUUCCACUCCAAAUUUCGUCGCAAGCCACGGGGUAUUAGAGGAGAGACAAAGCAAUCUAAUGGAGCGCAGACUUGAAGAGUUUGAAGCUGAUGCCAAAAUGUUUGCAAUACCAGAUUCACUUUACAUGGACACGAAAAAGUACGAAGCAGUCAUUGGAAGUUUCUUAAACAGCGUGGGAACCUUCAGAUUCACAGAAGAGGUACAUCAUGAUCAAGGAAAAGAAGUCCAAUUACGACGACAUUCAGCUACAAAUUCCAACGCAAGGGCUCAAUCCAAUAGGCGUCAGGGUACUUUCAUAUCCAUGACGGAACAUCCCGACGGAGGAAAAGCCGGGAAAGCAGAAAGUAGAAGGGAAGUUGAAAGUGGAUACCUGACGUCAGACGAUCUCAACGAGGGAUGUCACGGCGAUGCACGCUCAUGAUAAAGUCGGAAACAUACAAUGGAUUCUGCUCUUUGCAUAUAUUUCUUGUGAUUAUGGAAAGGUUCUGUUGUUUUUAUUUAAUACACCCGUGGUAUUGUUCAUCAGUAAUAUUGAUGUCACACUGGACAACAUCAUCAUUACAAUCCAUACUUUUCAUAUACAAUGUACAGAAUGCAUUAUGUUUGCAUACGAGGUGCACAGGGUAUUAUCACAUUUAAAACUGUUUUUCAUAGGACGGGGUAUUAUAAGGGCCUUUUUAGCACAUUUGAAAUAAAAAAAUGGUGUCCUCAUGCAAAGCAUCAGACUCCGAGGUAGUUGUGGAAGUCGUUCUGGAUACAAAUCGGAACCUCACCUGCCUAUGUAUUGUGUAAUAAAAAAAUGUUAUGUGAUGAUAACUGCAGCAAAACUGCUGGCAAACGCACCGUAAACAUGACUUCGCUGUCUGGUAAAAUUAAACUCUUUAUUUCCACGGUAUUCAGAAUUUUGGAUAAUAUGCACAGUCACGGCCAUUAAGAAGAUAAAUAUUACUUAAUUUUAAUCACAUGUGCACGCACUUACACCUAAGUUUACACUGAAUUGCAGCAUUGGUAUACGAAACAACACAAAACAACUCAUAACGUGAUUUAUUGCCAGGCUGAGCUGGUUAUCGACUAAGUAAGGAUAAGACAUGUGGAUAAAACAACUUAUUUAUUGCAAUUACUUCUUGUAAUAAAGAAGUUGUUAAUCCAUAUCUUAUCCUUACUUAGUACUCCAACUUCUAAAUGCCUCUCAAAGUGGUUAUCGACUGUUUUGAUUACACUCUGUGGAAUGUUGUGUGUGUGCAUAAUACAAUACACAUUUCCAAAAAUAAAUAAAAAAUUCUAGAAACAACCAAGUGCAUAGUUCAGCAAUUAUUUAUGUGCGAUAUAGCAAACAACAAGGAUCAACUCGACGGUGAUCCCAGUUUCGAAAUGUUCAUGAAUUCCACGAAAACUGCUGAGUGUCUAUUAGUUUUCUAUUCACUUUAACCAAAUUUGAAGAAGACUUGUAUCUCAUUGGUUGCUUACACAAACAUACGACGAUAGACUCAUGUUUUUUUUUUAAAGACAAUGAUACCAGUUUUGAAAUGUUCAUGAAUUCCACGAAAAUUGUUGAUUGGCGUGAGUUUCUAUUAGUUUUCUAUUCACUUUAACCAAAUUUCAAGAAUACUUGAAUCUGAUUGGUUGCUUACACAAACACGCGUCUGUAGACACGGUUUUCGGAAGGCGUUUCUCGUUGAUGCGAUAAUCUACUGGUCUAUUUCCGAAGUGGGGCGUAUCAUCAGUUUUCAAAAUAUGAAGUUUCCGAUAUUUAUCAUAAAAAUGCAACGAUGUUUCAAAGGUGGACUAACUAGUUUGGGAUAUGUUAGGACAUUAUAUGAGAUCGGUUCGCCCCGAUUAUGUUUCUAGGUUUGUCAGCACCAUACCCGUGCUCGUGGGUUUCACCGAAGUGGUAAACGUCUGAGACCUGCAUCACUUCGGGCUUUCCUCCCACAUUAAGCUGACACGCCGUGAUAUAACUGGACUACUGUUAAAAGCGGCGUUAAACCCAACUCACUCCAGUUUCAUACAUCGCUCUUUCAGCCAUUGCAGCGCCACGUGUCGAAAUUCCUAAAUGUUCUGAGGAAAUAAUACUGCAGGUUUUGUCGAAAUGGUUUAAUAAAAUAUAUUCAAGUGACCGUUUCACUAAUAUGUGGUCGAAAUCUAUCAUUGUAUCUCUCUAUAGAAAGGGGGCACUAAUAAUCAAGAUACCUAUACAGGAAUCCCCCUGAAUAGUAUACUUAGUAAAGACUUUACAUGUAUUUUAAAUAAAAGACUUACGCUUUGGGCAAAUAUGAGCGACAGAAUUCCUGAAACUUAAGAUGGUUUUCCAAAACAUUACUCCACAACUGACCACAUUUUUACACUUUGUCAUUGAUCAGAAAUAUCUGUUUUAUGUAGCAUUCGUUGACUUUAAGAAAGCGUUUGAUUCUUUUAAUCGGCAUAAAGUAUGGCUCUGUUUACAAAAUAUUGGCCUGAAGGGUAAAAUGCUACAAAUCUACAAAUGUGAAACUUGUAUAGAGGAUGAAUUUCAUAUACUGCUUGUUUGUACUGUUUUUAUGAUUUAAGGGAAGCAUAUAUUCCACAGAAUACCUGCGUUUACCAAAUUUGUAUUGAUGUAAAUAUCUAGGUAUCACUAAAAAAAGAAGUUGUUAUCCAUUAAUUAUCUCUACUUUGUCAUCCGUCAAGUUCAAAGUCAUGCAUAUCAAACAAUUCAUUUAAAUCUUUGUUGAUCACUAAUGAUGGAAAAACCAUGUUUAGGUAAUCACUAUUUGUUCACCGUGCACUUUGUCGGCACAAGAAUUUUAUAGUAUCGUGACGUCACUUCGUAAAAUAUUUAUGUACACCCACUUUGUAACAUUAUCUGCACAGAUGGUUUGUAAGCAGCGCAUUUCUGCAGCUGUGUUGUUCUCACUGUUAUAAUCUAUUUGUUCUCUUGUUUUAUAUAUGGGCCGGAGGCCUUGAGUACAAUAUUAAACAUCCUGAUCUUGAUCACGCGCCAAUACACACGGUGUACAGCAUAUAUUAAUAGAUCCCUCAAUUCCUUAGAAUAAGGAAAUUUGUUACUACAUUAUAUUAAAGAUAGACCCGUGAAUAUCCGGGGUAGAAUAUGUCUUCAGCAACCCAUGCUUGCCGAAAAAAGCGAAUAUGCUUGUUUUAAGAGGCGACUAUAGGGAUCGGGUGGUCAGGCGCGCUGACAUGGUUAAUGCAUGUCAUCGAUCCCAACUGCUCAUGAUAUUAAUCACUGGAUUGGCUGGUCCAGACUCGAUUAUUUAGACCGCCGUCACAUAGCUGGAAUAUUGCUGAAUGCGGCUUUAAACAACAAACAAACAAAACAAACAAACUAUAUAAGUAAAGAUAACCUACAUGAUGACGUCAUUGACGGUAUCACAUUACAAACGUAACAGUAUUCAACAUAUGUAUGAAAUUGAGAAAAAGUUUAAAAGCAUAUUACCCGAAAGAUCGCCCAGUACACAAAGAUGUACAUGUUGUAAGCGUCUAUAAUUAUAAUCGAAGCUGUUUUAGAAGUAAUUCUGGAUUGGAUAAAUUGGAUUGAGUGGUGACUUUUCGGCGGUAUGGUUGAUUGUGUGUCAACAUGGGGACUUCCUGGUGUCUAAGGUAGGUAAACCAUUGAAACGUGUUGAUUGGUAAUGAAAUAGAGUAGUGUAGGGGCCAUCUCACAGGCCCAAGUGAGCGAAGUUAAUGAUACUCCAACUUGAAAACGGUGUACGUCGUUACGUCGGUAAAUGCAAUAAGCAAGAAUUUGUUAUAAGUUGUACGUUUUCUAAAUUUAAGCUAACGUUAAAGAUAGUGAACUAAGUUCACCUGAGUUUUAACAGACAAGUGAACUAAAUUCAAUUUAAUUGAUGAUAUUCAUUCAAUUGUUGUAUAUAAGCUUGACGUGCAAGAUAUGCGAAAUCGUUUCUUCCUGAUACAGUCAAACUAUGGAAUUCCUUGACUACUGCAUAUACUGAAGUCAGAACACUGAAAGACUUUAAAAGAAUGAUAAAAGGGGAUGAAAAGCUUUGCAACAAACAAGAUUUAAACCAUAGCUCUAGGUUUAACCAAAUUGUGCAAUGUCGCCUGAGACUUGACUAUAGUGACCUCUUUGCUGACAGGUUUAAAAUGUUUAUAUCAGCACAUCCAAACUGUUCUUGUGGCUACCACCAUGAAGAUGCACUUGACUGUUUCUUUACCUGUACCAACUGCACCGGCAUAAGAAAACACUUGUAUUUUUACUCCAAAGUUUAUAAUCUAAACUCUACAUCUAAAGAUUAAUUUACAAAUACUAAAAUUUGUUAAUAAUUUCAUAUCAGCCUCUGGCAGAUUUCAAAACUGUAUCUAAAUGCAAACUAUCGUUUAAUCUCUUAUGUUACCGAUUUUGCUUACAGCGUCGUUAUUCAAAAUAAUUACAUUAUUACUUAACCUUGACUGUACAUUAUAAUUGACGACAUUUGUAUGGUAGCUGGAGCGGUAUUGACAUGAGUCCUUACCUGUUUACCAAUCCAGUUUCACACAUUCUGUGAAAUAAAUUUGUUAAAACAA